UUAACACACUUGAUUUCACACAAAUAUCCAGGUUAUGGUUGUUGUUUUGAAGUAUCCAGAAUAUGCCACCUGAAGAAAUCCACAAGAAUGGAGUAUUGUAAGAUAAACACGUAAUUCAGUGUUUGCUCCGUCUUUGUUGGUACAGACGAGCUGCUGAGAUGGUGAGAAAUCAAGAUUAAUUCAACAUAAAUUAUUAGAAAAACCACAAACUGUCACAAACACAGAAACGAUGGAGAACCAGGUUUCUCUGAAAAAUCUCAGAACAAGGAUUCAACUCUAAAUGGGGAGACGAGGAAGAGGAAGCAUGCCAGCGCUCCCUGCUGCCAGUAGAUCCUUUUUAUUCACCCUCCACGUUAUGCAGAUGAUACUGUAUUGGGAUGUCGUCCUGUUUUUCCAGGAGUUCUGCUUGAAAGUAUUCUGAUCAGAAAAUGGAGGCGAGGCAGCUGAAAAGAGAAGUCGAAGCCCUCAUGUGAGUCCAACAUAAAGAACGUAGUGAUUGUAGAUUUAAGAGCAAUGACUUAAGAUGGCAUCAGGUGUAUUUAUUCUUUCCUUUCCCCUCAGCGGGGACUACAUCGGACAGAAACUGAGAGAGAAGUCCUUUGACCCAAAGGGGAAGGGGACCUCCACCGUGCUGGAUGAUUUGGCUCACUACGACCUGGCCAUCAGCGUCGCUCUGUGGUGGCUGGAGAAAGAGGAGGGACGGGAUGUGUUCGACAGAGACAUCAUCGGGGCAACAAGCGGCUCAGGAAUGGCCCAGUAUCCUAAUCGUUUGGAGCGCGAGGCAAUGAUCCUGUCAUCAUUUGCUGGGAUUAUUAUGAGCAGCCUUCCAGUGGAGGAAAUCUUGGCGCUGUACAGGUGCAAACCUGCUGCUUCUUACCCCAACCAGCACUCCAAGGGUGCGCUCGUCCACCCCUUCACGUUAUCCUACCACCCGUUGGCCAUGCUCGGCUCUUACAAGGCCGUGCAUCACUCCAAGAAGCACAGUUUAAAGCUGAAAAGAUGGCUGUCUGAGAGAAUGAAAGCUAAUGCUCCACCUAGACGAGUUCCAGUGCAGUCUUCCUCACCCUCCUCCUCAUCUCACUCCUUCCUCAGUGACAGCAAUGAUGACCGACAGGAGAGGACUGAGCACUACGAGGGUUCACUCGAGUCUCUGCGUGACUGAAGUCCUCUUCCUGCACUUUGUUAUAUGACUUUAAAUCUGCCGACUGAGGGGAAAAAGUGUAUGAAUUAUAAAACCCUCAAAAGUUUGGACGUUGUGUAAAAUGUCAAUGAUUUGCAAAUCAUGUCUUGGUCUCGGUUAGUGUGGUCUUGUGUGUGUCAUUUUUAUUUGAAAAUAGCACAAAGACAGCAUAUCAAAUGCUGAAACUGAGACAUUUCUUAGGUAAAAAAAAAUACAUCAGUAACGCCUUUCAAACUAAGACAGGACCGCCGAGACGUUGAAAGAAAACACGGCCAUGUCCCAACAUUUUUGUGGUGCUGGCGUCAAAUCCAAAUUUUCUUAAAUUUAAAUUGUAAUUUACAUUAAAUUUUAGGUGAUCAGUUAAAGUUUUAAAGGGAAUAUAUUAUGAAAA